GCACUCACUCUCUUGUCAGACACCGACACUGUACAUCCAUCAGCAUGAAGGUCCUCGCAGCUCUCCUGGCUCUGGCGGGCGUCGCCGCCGCCAACUCCGCCUUCCGCUUCUCCGACGGCUACCUCGACGUCCUCGGCGCAGAGCCCGUUCAGGCCUUCGACUGUGCCGGCCGAAGCUACGGCUAUUACGCCGACGUCAGCAGCGACUGCCGAGUGUUCCACGUGUGCCUGCCCGUCGCUGACGACCUGGGCGAGCUGGUCGAGACCGCCCACUUCUCCUUCUUCUGCGGCAACCAGACCGUGUUCAGCCAGGAGUCCCUCACCUGCGCCCACCCCGAGGAGGCCUUCCCCUGCGACCAGGCCGACACCCUCUUCGACUCCGUCAAUGCUCUCUUCGGAGUCAUUCCUGACGAAAAGUAAUAGAUAUAAUAUUGUCAAACAAUCGUCGUUUAUGUAACAUAAAUAAUAAACCAAAUACAGCAAA